CACCUAAUUACUCACAAUUCAUACUUUCUUUACCAACAGUCUUUUCUGUGCUUUGAACUUGUUCAUUUUGGUAGAUCUCAUCUCAUAGUUGAUGAGCUUGACUUGAAUAAGCAUCCAAGAACUAAGGUCAUAUGGCCCCUUGAUUGAUUGCAAAAUUUGGAUGCAUGUGAUAGUUGCUCCUUUUUCCCCGCACCCUUGACUUGGACAUGUGGCUCCAAAGAAAUACUUGCAUAGAUAUUCCAAUACUUUGCUAGUAUAAAACUCCACAUUCUUGGAGAUUCUUUAUUUAAUCACUGUGAUCCAAAGAUUUUAGAGUAAUAUUAUUCCACUCCAAAGAGUAGGGAGAAGAGAUGGGAAGUGAAAGAGAGAAAAAUGUGGAGGGUGGGAUUGAAUUAGAAGGUAUGGAUGAUGAAAGGAAGGAGAAGUUUAUGAAAGAAGAUGAAAAGUUGUCUGUGGAGAGGAUAUUUGAGAACAAGGAGGUGCCCUCAUGGAGGAAACAGCUGACAGUGAGAGCUUUUGCUGUGAGUUUUCUGCUGUCAGUGAUGUUCUGCUUCAUAGUGAUGAAACUCAACCUCACCACCGGGAUCAUACCUUCCCUCAACGUAUCUGCUGGACUACUGGGAUUCUUCUUCGUCAAGACUUGGACUAAGCUGAUUGCAAAAUCCGGCAUGUUGAGGCAGCCUUUUACUCGUCAAGAGAACACCGUCAUUCAGACAUGUGUUGUUGCUUCCUCAGGCAUUGCCUUUAGUGGAGGUUUCGGAAGCUAUCUUUUUGGAAUGAGCGAGCAGAUAGCCCAACAAUCAGAACACAGGAAAGACGGGUUCGACUACAAGAACCCAUCACUGGGUUGGAUGAUUGGCUUUCUGUUUGUAGUUAGCUUCCUAGGCUUAUUCUCCGUGGUGCCUCUCCGGAAGAUUAUGAUCAUAGACUUCAAGUUGACAUAUCCAAGUGGUACUGCAACAGCGCAUCUUAUCAACAGCUUUCAUACUCCAGAAGGAGCUAAACUAGCAAAGAAGCAGGUCAGAGAGUUGGGCAAGUUUUUCUCCUUCAGCUUCUUGUGGGGCUUCUUUCAAUGGUUCUUCACUGCUGCAGACGAAUGUGGGUUUGCAAAAUUCCCAACCUUUGGAUUGCAAGCAUAUGAAUACAAGUUUUUCUUUGAUUUCUCAGCAACAUAUGUAGGAGUUGGAAUGAUUUGUCCACACAUCAUAAAUGUAUCUGUACUGGUUGGAGGAAUCCUUUCUUGGGGUAUCAUGUGGCCACUCAUUGAAAAUAGAAAGGGUGACUGGUUUUCUGCUGAUCUUCCCCCAAACAGUUUGAAAGGGCUUCAAGGUUAUAAGGUUUUCAUUGGCAUAGCCAUGAUUCUUGGUGAUGGCUUAUACAACUUCUUCAAGGUGCUGAGCCGGACAUUAGCCGGCUUGUUCUUGAAACUCCAAGAGAGAAAAGCCAACUCGCAAAUGCCAGUAACACAACAUUCCUCUCCGUCCAUAGAAUCUCAAAGUUAUGAUGAUCAGCGUCGUUCUCAACUCUUUCUAAAGGAUCAAAUACCGAAAUGGUUUGCUGUUGGAGGUUAUGUUGCCAUUGCUGCAGUCUCUACAGCAACUCUUCCUCAUAUCUUCCACCACCUCAAAUGGUACCACAUAAUAGUCAUCUACAUUUUUGCCCCAGCAUUAGCCUUUUGCAAUGCAUUUGGCUGUGGGCUCACAGAUUGGUCACUAGCAUCCACAUAUGGGAAACUUGCCAUCUUUACAAUAGGGGCCUGGGCCGGUGCCUCUCAUGGAGGAAUUCUUGCUGGCUUGGCAGCAUGUGGUGUAAUGAUGAACAUCGUCUCAACUGCCUCUGACCUCAUGCAGGAUUUCAAGACCGGCUACUUGACCUUGGCUUCCCCUCGUUCAAUGUUUGUGAGCCAAGUGAUCGGCACGGCAAUGGGAUGUGUGAUUUCUCCUUGUGUGUUUUGGAUCUUCUACAAUGCUUUUCCCGACAUAGGGUAUCCCACAAGUGCAUAUCCUGCUCCUUUUGCUACUGUGUAUUAUAAUAUGGCUAAGUUGGGGGUUGAAGGCUUCUCAGCACUGCCAAAGAAUUGCCUUAAACUAUGUUAUGUAUUCUUUGCAGCAGCCAUUCUAAUUAACAUGAUUAGAGAUAGUCUGGGCAAGAAAAGGUCUUGGUUCAUCCCACUUCCAAUGGCAAUGGCUAUUCCAUUUUACUUGGGUUCCUACUUUGCCAUUGAUAUGUGUGUUGGAAGUCUGAUACUCUAUAUCUGGCAGAAGAUGAACAAGGCCAAGGCAGAUGCAUUUGGACCAGCUGUUGCCUCAGGUUUAAUAUGUGGAGAUGGAAUGUGGACGCUGCCCAGCUCUGUGCUGGCGCUUGCAGGGGUCAAACCUCCCAUUUGCAUGAAGUUUAUCUCAAGAGCAACAAACAGUAGGGUUGAUAAAUUUUUAGGAUCCUAGUUAAUGGGAAAAAUAUACGUUGGCUUAGUGUACUGAUACUGAAUAAACUGUUGUUUUUCCUUUCUGUUUGCAGUGAUUAUGCUUGUAAUGUCAAUGUACUUGUACAGUCCAUCAGUGAACUCCUUUAAUGCGAUCAUAAAUAUUAUCAUGUGACAUGGCAUAGUUUGGCCACA